AGAGACACGCCCCCCUGGUGUGGUGUUGAGAGCAGCUCGCGUUUGAUGCAAACACUCUGCACCAGCAUCGGACAGUUCUUCUCCGAAUCCUCACGGUUGUGGAGGGCAAAAUGGUUUGAGUAAAUAUUCCGGUGAAUGUAACUGACACCCGACGGCUUUGACAGGAUUGGAAUGGGACAGCCGACGACUUCAGUAGGCUAUUGGAGCUGCGAAGAGAACCGAGUCAAACUGCGUUAACAUUUCUUGUGCGUAGAAUAUAUUAAUUACGUAUAUACAGAGACUCAAUGAAACAUACCACUGUUCAUAUGUCUGUAAAUUAGCAACUGUCACGUCCACAACUAACAGUAUGUGCAUUUAGGGCAUGUAGGCUGCCUAAGCAGGAGUCGAUCAAUCACCCUGUAGCCUAGGCUACUUUCUCCGUUGCGCGUCUGCCGCGGUUCUGCUACCCUCGCAGCUCUGCCCGCGGUCUAGACUUUGAAAACCCGGGUGGAUUGCCCUGUAAACUGAGCCGCAGUCAUGGGAGGGAAUUUAGGGUGUCACCGCUCGAUACCUAAAGACCCGACGGAUUUCAGUAACGGCACGCGCAAGUUUAGCGCAGCGUGCAAUUUUAACCACAUCCUCGUGAACCAAGAGAGGUUGAAUAUCAACACCGCUACGGAGGAAGAGCUGAUGACUCUGCCGGGAGUGAACCGCACGGUAGCACAAAAUAUCGUGAGAUACAGGGAAUGUAUUGCGGGGUUUAAAAAGGUAGAGGACUUGGCUCUGGUGAGCGGAAUUGGUGCCGGCAAACUGGAGGUCAUCAGACUGGAAAUAUGUGUCUCGAGUAGAACGAGUUCAUCCCAACACUCUCCUUCGUCGCUGCGUAAAGACUUCGAACCCCACCUGUCGAGCACAGGUAUGAACAUUAACACCGCCACACCAGCGCAGCUGAUGAGCAUCCGUGGCAUCACGGAUAAAAUAGCAAAGAACAUUGUAGAAUACCGGACAGAAAACGGUCCGUUCAAAAGCAUCGAAGACUUGGUGAGGGUCAACAACAUAAACUCAUCUCUAUUGGACAAAAUCCGCUUCCAAGUGUUCGUGGAGCGUUCCAGAACACCUUCUACCAAUACCAACCCUCCGUUGACGUGCACCACAAAAUCUCACCCGAGCCCCACGUCGUUUAGUCUCCGUAGUGAGGACCUAGACCUUCCACCCGGGGGGCCGACUCAGAUAUUGUCAUUGCGGCCUAAUGUGGAGCCUUCGUCGGGGAUGCGGGAUGGGAAGGCGGUUGUCAGGGUGGCUACCUGGAACCUCCAAAACUGCUCAUGUGAAAAGGCCAACAACCCGGGCGUCAAAGAGGUCGUGUGUAUGACAUUGCUUGAAAACGACAUCAAGUUACUGGCAGUCCAAGACCUGGUGGACCGGGAGGCCCUUGACAAGUUCUGUGUGGAGCUGAACCAGGGCUUGUUAGCCAGCGUGAGGAAGUGGAGAGAACCACGAGGCAUCUGGAAGAGUAUUGUCUCUGAAAAACCCACAGGACUGUCCAACAAGUGUCCCAACUUUUCUGGAAACAGGGUUGUAGUUCAGGGAGUCAGUUAUUCAGGAUUCCUGUGGGAUAGCUCUUCUGGGAUAGACCUGAAAAAUGCUUUUAUCCUGGAGAGUCCUGUUGUCAACGGUAAUGGGAAACACCCCCACGCCUGGCCAUACCUGGCCCACUUUAUUGUUGGAUCAACAGAGUUGACAGUGGUCAAUGUUCACCUGAGAGCUCCAUCCGUGCCUGGUGCUGGGGAGUCCAAUGGGAAGAACCACAACUCUGAGGAGGUCAAGGCCCAGGGACUGACCUCCACCGUCCAGAACACACUGAAAGAUGAGAAGGAUCUGGUGGUGUUGGGGGAUUUUGGCAUGCCGCCCCAAAGCAGUGAGCUGGACCAGCUGAGGAAGGCGAGGCUGAGCCCCCUGUUGGCCCCCAACAUGUUCACCAACAUCAGCACCCGCUCCCCCCAGGGUUCCCUCUGCCUGGAUAACAUCUGGGUCAGCAAGUCACUGAAGAAAAUAUAUGCAGGUCACUGCCAGGUGGUGCGGGAGGGCCUGACCAACCCCUGGAUACCUGACAACUGGUCGUGGGGCGGGGUGGCGUCCGACCACUGUCCUGUCAUAGCCGAGUUCUUCUUAGACAUGACCCGGAAGGAGCUGAGGAACGGCGUGGCCGUGGUGGAGAGGGGAGAAAGCAUGUCGAAGCACGAACGGUGACGGGUCACCGAGGCAGACUGUCAUAGACAGAGAUGAACACAACGGAGGUGACAUCGUGGCAUGUCCAACUGACUUGACUUUGCCCUGGACUGGAUCCUGCUUUGGCCUAAUUUUGCAGUGGAGCAAAGGGUAGACAAAUGUGAAUUGAAGCACCAAGAUUGCCUUUUUAUUUUGUUUUAUCAAUGUACAGUAAAAAGUAUUAAUUAGAGACUAUCAUGACAUUGUUUAUUGAAGUAAUUUAAGAGAGUGAAGUGUGUUAUAGACAGAUGUGCCAAAACAUUUGUAAUAUGUACUGUAUGAAAUAAAAUGAAUAUUAAUUUCCUGAGGCAAUUCUA